ACGUGUUGUAUUGUGGUAACGCCGUGUACUGCGCAGCCCGCCGCGUAUCGUCGUCGAAGUCUUCGAAGUCGUCGUCGUUACCGUCGUUUUCGUCGUCGUCGUCUCCGCGGUGUCCUCUACUCGCUCAUCCCCCCAAACGCGCCCCCUCGUUUCUGUCCGCGUCCCCGAUCGCCGCCCCGAAGUUUUCCCGUGAACUCUUUCAAAACGCAUACAUAACGCAGUCGCUUGUCCAUCGCGCAAGCGCGGACCUCCGAAAAGACGUCGCGUGCGGAGGAAUAACGUCUUCGGUCACCCGCCGCCGCCGACGCCACAUCUACCUCCUCCGCCGGCGCUGCACACCGUCGCCACCGAAUUCACCGCCUCCGCCGGCCGGCCGGCCAACACGUGGUCUCCGGCGCACGUGCACCGCCGCCGCCGAGACAUGGCGUGGACGUUUAUCGUCGUCUAUGCAACGCUGUGCAGGCUCAGUGCAGCCAUCGAUGGGAUUUCAGAUGAACCAUUUGUGCCAGACGAACAUGAUCUUCAAACUGCCAUUAAAGUUCCAUUCGAGGAUUCACAUUUGUACUUUGACAGCGGGGAUGAUGGUUUUCCAGCAUUUGGCAUUAAACCUGGAUCUGAUAUAAAAUCUCCGUAUCGAUUAUUCUUACCUGAGAAAUUGUACUCUGAGUUUUCUAUCGUGGUUAAUUUCAAACUCAACUCUAUGGACGGUGGUUUUCUGUUUGCUGUUGUCAAUCCUUUAGAAAACGUGGUGCAACUGGGCUUGCAGGUCGUACCAUCAUCGUCAAACGCGAUGAAUGUGAGCUUGCUGUAUACAGACGUGAACAAAUACUCAUCGUCAUCAAAUGUCUUAGCCACGUUUUCAGUUCCUUGGAAGAUUCGGAAAUACGUACGGUUGAGUUUGAAGGUGACCAGAGAGUACGUGCGGUUAUUCGGUAGGUGUUUGGAACCGCAGACCGUGAUGGCAGUCAGAGAUCCGGUGGAAUUGUUGUUCGACUCGGCGUCCACGUUAUACAUAGGCCAAGCAGGGCCGUUGAUCAAAGGAUCGUUCGACGGGGCCAUACAAGAAAUGAAAAUCUACGCAUCACCAGAUCUCGCCGAUAUCCAGUGCACGGAAUUAUUACAGCCAGACGAUGACAAGGAACCAGAAAACUCCGAAGACCUAGCUAACGCCGGUUACUCGGAUAGACCACCUGCUCCUCCACCACCACCGCCAUCAAACGAAAACCAUAGCUAUCAGACGCCCAACAUCAAAGGGGACAAAGGCGAUCCUGGUCAAAAGGGAGAGUCAAUCAGAGGACCGCCCGGACCACCGGGACCUCCAGGCUCGCCGUUUUCCGGAGACUUUGCCACCGACGAAGAACUCGUCAAAUCCGGAGUAUCCGGACCAAGGGGUCCGCCAGGUGUAUGUAGCUGUAACCUCACCACGUUAUUUGCACCCGGAAAAAUACCGGAAUUACUACAAGGACCACCAGGCAAUCCAGGCAUUGAUGGCAAAAUGGGAUUGACAGGACUCCCGGGUGCAGUAGGAUUGCCAGGAGAUCGAGGACCAGAAGGAAUAAAAGGAGAUAAAGGUGAAAGAGGAGAUGUCGGGCCACGAGGAAGCGAAGGCAUUCAAGGCCCUAAAGGCGAUUCUGGGGUUGACGGAGAGCGUGGUUUACAAGGACCUCCAGGUCCACCAGGUCCUCCUGGUGGAUCUGACUUUUCAAACAACGAUCCUAGUUGGAAACCAAGACCAAUUUACAAGGACAUCGGGUUUGAGUCAAAUGUUGGGAGGCCCGGUCCCCCAGGUCCUAAAGGCGACCCAGGUGUUGACGGCUCUCCGGGCUUAAAAGGUGCAAAAGGAAUUCAAGGCAAUAAAGGCGUUCGUGGUGAAAUGGGAAGCAAAGGAAUCAAAGGCGACAAGGGUCAUGCUGGAUCUAUGGGACCACAAGGUUUUAAAGGGGAACGAGGAAUACGUGGUUUUGAUGGAACUCCAGGAAUGCCAGGAGAAAAUGCUCGUCCAGCGCCCAAAGGCGAAAAAGGCGAUAGUGGGCCACCCGGACCUCCAGGUCCACCUGGACCAACGCAAAUUGGAGUGAAAACUGAUAAAACGGAUACAGCAGUUGUGAAAACAGUCAAAGGUGAUAAAGGGACAAAAGGUGAUCCUGGGGAAAAGGGAGCGGUUGGUAAUCAAGGCCCAGGAGGAAACCCUGGUCCACCUGGUUUAACAGGUCCCAAAGGUGAUCGAGGAGAACCCGGUUUACCAGCACCCUUAUUAUCUACGACCGAUCUAGGAAUGAACAUCAAAGGAGAUAAAGGUGAAAUGGGAAGACGAGGCAGACGCGGAAAACCAGGUCCAAUAGGUCCACCGGGUCCACCUGGAGAAAUCGGUUUGCCUGGUUUACGAGAAGACGGUUCACCGGGUAAAGCAGGAGGACUUAAAGGAGAAAAAGGAGAUCCGGGAGUAUCUAUUAAAGGCGAUAAAGGAGAACCAGGAAAAGACGGAUUACCAGGUUCAGGCGGAACAUACGUGCCUGUUCCAGGACCACCAGGCCCACCAGGUAUUCCCGGUAUUGCAAUCGAAGGGCAAAAAGGUGAACCUGGUGAUCCUGGUUUUUCUUCAGCACCUCUCCGAAGUGAAAUAAAUGAACACAUUAUUGUACCAGGUGCUCUGACAUUCCCGAACAAGAAAUCAAUGAUAAACGUGACAGACAGAACUCAGAUGGGUACCAUUGCAUUCAUCGUCGAAGAAGAAGCUCUUUUAGUACGUGUCACGCGUGGCUGGCAGUAUAUUUCCCUUGGUUCAUUGGUCACAACUGGAAUCGAACCGAUCCCGACAAGCAUUCCGAUGCCGACAAGAGUGUCAUUAGAAUCAUCGAAUUUAGUUCAUAACCAUCCAAUAAAAGAUAACACAAUGUGGCAUCCUAAAAUGUUACGAAUAGCAGCGUUGAAUGAACCAUAUUCAGGUAAUAUGCAUGGCGUUCAGAGCGUAGACUACUCGUGUUAUCGCCAAUCCCAGAGAGCGGGGCUUCACGGAGCAUUCAAAGCGUUCCUGUCUUCAAGGCUUAAUAAUUUGAAAACAAUCGUUCACGAGUCCGAUAGAGAUUUGCCCGUAGUUAAUAUCAAAGGAGAUGUUCUAUUCAACUCUUGGAAAGAUAUAUUCAGUGAAAAAGGGGCGUUUAUAUCACAACAGCCUAGAAUAUACAGUUUUAGCGGAAAAAACGUGCUCACCGAUUUUACAUGGCCUCAGAAGACCAUCUGGCAUGGAUCAGACCUUUCCGGCGACAGUGCCGUUGACGGAAACUGCGAUGCAUGGAACUCUGAGAGCGCUGACAAACGGGGACUGGGCUCGUCAUUGACACCGAGGGCCGAUCGUCAGGCAAAACUCCUGGAUCAGGAUUCUGCUUACGACUGCCGCAACUUUUUUGUCGUCCUGUGCGUGGAAAUAACACCUCACUCGGGGGCGAUGUUUUCGAGGAAACGUCGCAGUGGCGGCGGAAAUCUGCAAGACGAAUCGCAAUUACCGAUGAGCCGCCAAGAAUACGAGCAACUCAUCGACAACAUCCGAGGUUGAAAACCCACCUAAAACUUCCGCCUCAUCGGCUGUAUUUUAUUAUUAUUAUUAUUAUUUCUUUUAUUUCGACUUUAUUCCUUAGUGUAUGAAGAUACCGCACUUUUGUCCAAUUUUAUUUUUUUAAACAUAAAUUUGCUGUACACUAUAAAAAUAAAUGAAACAACAUUGCAUACGAUAUAAUCGUUAUCAUUACGAUCGUCGUUGAUUGACGUAUUUCAUUCCUCGUUAAUUUUUAUAAAGUAACAGUAUUUAACAAUAGCAUAUCAUUCAUACUACUCUCGUCAUAUCUGACUAAAUAAAUUGUUAAUAUUGUACUAUUAUUAUUUCAAGGUUUUCGAAACUACAACAAUGGUUUGCUAAAAAAAUAUAUUAUUAAAACACAUCAUAUAAUUAUAAUAAUUUAACCAUAACAUUAUCGUCAUCAAAUAUGAACAUAUCUCGUUAUUUUAUUAAUAUGUUGUGGAUCUUUUGAAAGAUUUUUAUUCGAAAUGUUUUUCUAUUUCGACUAUUUCGAAACAUGUGAAUUUUUGUUCUUAUUUGUCUAUAUGUAGCUAAUAUAGUAAUGUAAAUGAAUAAUGAGUGAUUUAAUGUUUUU